CCGUAAACCCCGCCCCCUACUCGGCAGCCCGCCUAUCAACAGUUCUCGCCGUAAAACCAGUUAUAAAACUGGUGAGCGGUGUGCAGGGAUUUUGCAGGUGCUCCUCUGAUGUGGGCAGAGGACUGUAUUUUAUUAGAACAACACGACCAGGAGUCAGGAUGCUUUCUAUGGCUGUGCGAGUCAGAGUCGGCAUGGGGGUGAGAAGGUGUUUGUCCUCUUCCCCUUCUGUUGCCUCAACCUGGAGGCUUGCCCCCUCUUCCUCCUCCCUACGACACAGGAGCACCACCGCAGCCAAUCAGAGCUCCCCAUCCCCGUCGUGCAGCUACAUCAUCGUGGGGGCUGGGUCAGCGGGCUGCGUCCUGGCCAAUCGGCUCUCGGAAGACUCCCAGGAGUCGGUGGUCCUUCUGGAGGCAGGACCGAAGGACAUGUACCUCGGCAGCAAACGAGUGUCCUGGAAAAUCCACAUGCCGGCAGCGCUGACCUACAACCUGUGCGAUGAGAAGUACAACUGGUACUACCACACGCUGGCCCAGAAGCACAUGGACCAGCGGGUGUUGUACUGGCCCCGGGGCCGUGUCUGGGGCGGGUCGUCCACCCUCAACGCCAUGGUGUACAUCCGGGGCCAUGCCCUGGACUACGACCGCUGGCAGAGCGAGGGUGCGGAGGGCUGGGACUACCAACACUGCCUGCCCUACUUCCGCAAGGCUCAGUUCCAUGAGCUGGGGGAAAACCGCUACCGCGGGGGCAGCGGGCCGCUGCAUGUUUCCCGGGGGAAGACCAACCACCCGUUACAUCAGGCCUUCAUCGAGGCUGGGCAGCAGGCGGGGUACCCCUUUACGGAUGACAUGAACGGGUACCAGCAGGAGGGUCUGGGGUGGAUGGACAUGACUAUACAUAAAGGAAAGAGGUGGAGCACUGCCAGUGCGUACCUGCGGCCAGUGCUGAGCCGACCCAACCUGCAGGCUGAGGUGCGCUGCAUGAUCACCCGGGUUCUGUUUGAAGGGAACCGGGCUGUGGGAGUGGAGUACCUCCAGAAUGGACAGAAGAAGAAGCUGUAUGCCGAUAAAGAGGUGAUUCUCAGUGGGGGGGCCAUCAACUCCCCCCAGCUGCUAAUGCUGUCAGGGGUGGGCGAUGCAGACCACCUCAGGCAACUGGACAUUCCUGUGGUCCAGCACUUACCAGGGGUUGGUAGUAACCUGCAGGACCACCUGGAGCUGUAUGUGCAACAGGAGUGUACCCAACCCAUCACUCUCUACAAGGCCCAGAAACCCUUCCACAUGGUGCAGAUAGGACUGGAGUGGCUCCUUAAAUUCACUGGUUACGGGGCCACGGCCCACCUGGAGAGUGGGGGGUUCAUCCGGAGCCGAGGGGGUGUGGCCCACCCGGAUAUCCAGUUCCACUUCCUUCCGUCACAGGUCAUCGACCAUGGCAGGGUGGCCUCCAAGAUCGAGGCCUACCAGGUUCACGUUGGACCAGUGAGAAGCACAAGUAUUGGGUGGAUGAAACUGAAGAGUGCCAACCCUCUGGACCACCCUCUUCUCCAGCCCAACUACCUCUCUACUGAGACGGACGUGUGGGAGUUCAGGGAGAGCGUCAAACUGUCCAGGGAGAUCUUUGCCCAGAAGGCGUUCGAUCCGUUCCGCGGCGCCGAGGUCCAACCGGGCCCCCAGGUCCAGUCGGACGCGGAGAUAGACGCCUUCGUCCGCCGCAAGGCCGACAGCGCCUACCACCCCUCCUGCACCUGCAAGAUGGGCUCUCCCUCCGACCCCACGGCGGUGGUGGACCCCCAGACGCGCGUGCUCGGCCUGGAGGGCCUCCGCGUGGUCGACGCCUCCAUCAUGCCCAGCAUCGUCAGCGGCAACCUGAACUCGCCCACCAUCAUGAUAGCGGAGAAGGCGGCUGACAUCAUCAGAGGGCGCCCGGUGCUGAGCGACAUGGGCGUGCCUGUGUACCAGCCCGCGACUCUGGAAACCCAGCGGUAGGACACACACACAACUGGAGGCACAGAAAUGGGACGACCGCACUCACUAAGACACACGUGAGCCCAGGGCCGGCGCAAGCAUCUUCGCCGCCCUAGGAAAGAUGUUUCAACAGCAACCCCCACACCCCAGGUGGCUGCCUAGUUCGCCUAUAGCAAACGCCGGCCCUGCCUGAGCCAGGAGAACCAGUAAUCUCAAUGAUGAUCAUGUACUAAUGUAGAUGUACAAUAUUCUAGAUCUUGUUGAUGAUGUUGAUAUGUGAUCUUAAUUAAUUAUGCCUAAAAAAAUGGUUCCAAGCCCUCAGUGUUGCUCAAGGCAAAGAUCAAAAUAAUAUUUUUUCUACCUUCAUGUUUACAAUGAAAUGAAGAAUUAUGUUUUGUGUUCAAUCUCAUUGAUUUUCUCAGGAUGAAAGUAAGCUUUUUAUCACUAACUGACCAGCCUUGCCAGUGAUUUAGCCGAGCACAAGUACAGCAUUUGAAGUAUUUUGAACUGUGUCAAGUCAGUUUAGGAAUAUGUAGUUUGGAAUUGUAUGAAGCUGUUUUAACUGAUCUUAUAAUCACCUAUACUGUAUCGGCCUGGACUGUUAGCAGUUAUAGUAGUGAGAUAGUGGUGCUUCCCCACUCUAGCAAUAUUUGAACAAUUCCACCAUUCCUCAUUGUGGAUUUUAAUGAAGAAUUUCGUAAUGAAGAUUUAUAUUGUCUUGUUUUCUCAGUCCUAGAUUUGUCUCAAUAUCUUAACCCUAUUCUAAACUUAAUCUAAAAUAAAUUAUUUGCAUCUCUCAUAAACUAGCCUUAAUAUCUCAGACCUAAAAUCAAUGUAAUCUUUACUUUUUUGCAAAUGUUUAUAUUUGUCUGGGAGAAAAGCCAAUGCCGUUUCUGCAGUAUGCAGUGUCACGGAGAGAGGCAAUAAACGGAUUGAGUUUGGGUGUUUCGAUGUGUGUCAAGUAUAAAUGUCCCUGAGAUGUAAUUAACAUAUCAAGAGGCUACGCCCGACUGCAUGCUAGGACUGAACACUCAGGGGAAGAGUU